CCAACCCACCAACCCAACUCAGACAGCAGUGCGCAUUCCGAUCCCCGCAUCUCGCGCAGCUUCCAGUUCGCCGGAGAAGUAGCAAGCAAGAAGAUGGCCGGGAGGAAGGGCGGCGACAGGAAGAAGGCGGUGACCAGGUCCGUCAAGGCCGGGCUCCAGUUCCCCGUCGGCCGCAUCGGGCGUUACCUCAAGAAGGGCCGUUACGCCCAGCGCGUCGGCUCCGGCGCCCCCGUCUACCUCGCCGCCGUCCUCGAGUACCUCGCUGCCGAGCUGCUGGAGCUUGCCGGCAACGCGGCCAAGGACAACAAGAAGAGCCGCAUCAUCCCGCGCCACCUGCUGCUCGCCGUCCGCAACGACCAGGAGCUCGGAAGGCUGCUCGCCGGCGUCACCAUCGCCCACGGCGGUGUCAUCCCCAACAUCAACUCUGUUCUUCUCCCGAAGAAGUCCCCCGCCGCCGCCGAGAAGGAGGCCAAGUCGCCCAAGAAGAAGACGGCCACCAAGUCCCCCAAGAAGAAGGCCCCCGCCGCCAAGGAGUAGCCGCCCGCACCCAUAGCCUAGCCUGUGUUGCUUCAUUCCAUUUCUCAUGGACAAGAUGAACAGUCUUUUGGUUAGUUAGAUGAGCAGUGCUUCUGUUCUUAGAUUGGCGCAGCAAGGGUGACAUUGUAUCUGUGAUUUCUGUAGGGCUGGCUAAAUAUGCAAUCGUUCAGAUCUGAA